CGUUUGUGUCAUUUCCUCUGCAGGUUUAGUUUCACACGCACAUCGUCUCCUUAAAAACAAACUGAACUAAAUAUACAAAGUUUAGUUUGAAACUUUAUCUGUCAGCAUGAAUCUGGCGGGAUUUAGUUUCUUCUUCUGCUGUUGUUUUUACAGCAGCGUCAUUCCACCUGCGGCAGGUAAGCCUCUGCAGAGCGCCCCCCACGGCCGGGUGUCUGCAGCCGCCGGCGGGGAUGUGGUUCUACCGUGUCGCCUCUCCUCUUCUGUGUCUCGUGUCACGGCGGUGGAGUGGACCCGGGUCGACAGUGCGUCCCCGCUCACGGUUCACGUUCUCCGCGAUGGCGAGGAGCUUGUGAAGGAGAAGGCGCCGGAGUACGUGGGCCGGACGGCCGUGAUGGAGGACGGCUCGCUGAAGCUGCUCGAUGUCCAGCGGCGGGACAGCGGCACCUACAGGUGCAGCCUCCUGCGAGGUCCGUCUGACGAAGAGUUGGUGUCUCUGUUUGUUGCUCAGCUGUCCGAGGUGAACGUCUCCGUGAGACGGACUUCAGACGACCAGCUGUUGGUCGGGUGCGAGUCGAGCGGCUGGAGCCCGGCGCCGGUGCUCGCCCUGCUGGACGCCCGCAGGAGCGCGCUCGCCGCUCGGACCGAGUCCUCCGUCCGACCCGACCUCCUCUACGCCGUCAGGGGGAGCGUUAGUGUGGCGGCAGCUGGAGCGAUGUUGAUCUGUCGGGUGGAGCUUCCUGGGACGAGCCUGGCCAGCGAGAACAAGAUUUAUAUCACAGAUGAGUUUGCCCCCCCGCAGGACGGACCCGGGCGUUACCUCGCGCUGCUCGUCUCCUUCGCGCUCGUGUGCGUCGCCGCCUCCCUGCUCUUCAUCGUACCGCUGCGGACGAUCGUGAAGCUGCGAUCUUCAGUGCAGCGUCUGGCAGCGCUCGUCAUCAGACUGAUCACACGGCAGAGCACGGCGCCGGACGAUGAACCGCGUCUGGGAGAGUACGGGGACAUCCUCAGAGUGGAAACUACAGGAGCGUCUGAACACACGGCGAGGGCCAUCGAGCAGCUCUACAGAGGAGUUUCUGGAGUGGAAGCCUCCAACAGGCUGGCAGAGAGAGACCUGACGGAGGUGCUGAUGUUCAGAGACAUGAUCGUUAGCGUGGGAAACACACUCAGCAUCCGCCCCGCUCUGAUCGCCGCCAUCAUCUCCAGACAGUCUCGUGCCGGGAUCGACCUGAACAGGGACGGCUACGGAGCGACCGACCCCGACUGCUUCGGCCUCAUGCAGAUCAAUAAGCAUUACCACGCGGUGAAGGGGAACGCGUACAGCAGGGAGCACGUGGACCAGGGAGUCACCUUCUUCAUCCAGCUCUGCAAGACCAUGAAGAGGACGAAGCCACGCUGGAACAGAGAGCAGCAGCUGAAGGCUGCGUUGGCGUGUUACGUCGCGGGCGAGGAGCGGGUCAUCCCUCUGGCGUAUGACGAGCUGGACAGCGUGACGCCAUAUGGCGACUUCGCCAACGACGUGGUCGCCAGAGCGCAGUGGUUCGCCCUCCACGGCUUCUGAGCGUCUCAUCUGUUUCUUCUUCUGCAGCCCGUACAGGUUGCUUACUUCCUGUUCACUUCCUGUUACUAAACAUCGUUCAGAGGGGAAAGUGUUCUCCCUCCACAGCUCUCGUAUAAUAAUGAGUGCACUGAAUAUUUACAGUAUUAACCUAAAAGACUGAAGUAUUAAUAUUAAAGUAAUGUUAUUGAUGGUUUAUUA